UGUCAGUAAUUUCUACUGCUUCGUCGAACGACAUGGAGCACAGAGCAGUCUCUCAGAACAGCUCUAAGCAGUCGUCUCCACGUUUUGAAAACUGCAAUCCCCUUGGAUUCAGUCAUUUCAUACAGUUCCUUCAACCCUGCUGCCUUGCAGAUGGGCAGCAUAGUGGGAGGAGAUUCUCAGUCUGUGUUCUCGUUCCCAGAUACACCAUCCACUGCGGCUGCCUCGGCGUUCUUCCAGCCUUCAGUAGAGACUCAAGGUUUCACCCAUGGGGCCUUCAUAAACGACACAACUAACCUUCCGGGCAUAAAAAGCGACCUGAACAUGACGAGUACUGCAUCCGAAGCAGUUUUCUGUGAAACUCCCAUGCCGACACCACCAGAAGAAAGGAGAAAGUGGCUGAUCUCUACACUGAGCACAAACCUGAGCAUCAUUUACAUUCUGUUACUGGUCAUUGUUGGCAUAGUUUGCUACCUCAUAGACAUGUUCUCUGGUAAGCAUUCCAGCAUAUCAGAAAUCUUCAACAUUUACCUCAUGACAGGUCAAAUCACCUUCCUGGCAUACAUCCACAUCAGCGUGAGAAGAUACGUCAAGAAAAUUUCCCGUUUGCUGAAGGCAAGCAACGAAGGAGACAGAAAUGAAAAAGGAAAGGAUCAGAAGAAUGACAAUGACUCCUGUCAGGACAUUCACCAAGAUUAUGGAUUCACUGACAAUAGCCAUGGAGGAUCCCUCUACUUAAAGAUUGGAGCAACAGUAUUUUGCAUGGGUCAUUUGAUCUUCAGCGGGCUGGAAUUGGCUUCGAAGCUUGCAUUCUACCUGAACCAUGAUGAGGACUAUCAACUCUGUACAUCCCUGACUGACAUUGUCAUGUCGGUUAUGCUGCUCAUCUACACCUUUUACCAGCUAUUCUUCGCUUUCAAGUUUUCUAAUCUGAUCAUUAACAAGAGAAUGAUCCUGUCAAAGUUUGGGAUCAUGCACUGCACCGGAUCAGGCAUUUGUUACUGGAUCUACAUGAUUGUCCAAGAAACUCUGGCUUCCCUCUGGAAGAAAACACAGGCUUCAGAGUCUAGUUCUGCCACGACUGUCUUAUAUAGUGAUGUAAACCCAUUAUACACAGUCUCUGUUAAACAGACAAACGAGACGUAUAUCGCUGGAUCGCUGUACACAGGCUGCAAGCAGACAACACAGAUCUCAACCAUAAUCACAGACUCCGCACCAUAUCUCUACCCAUUCAGUAUAGAAUUCAAUCUACUCAUGGUAGGCUUCUGGAUCCUCCUGUGGGAGAACCACGGCAAGAUAGAGAAACACCACCGCCUGCCGUCGAUCGAGGUAGUCUACGAGGAGGAUAACAGCCGGGACCUUGCUUCGAACCUGGUCAUCUACGUGGACUGCCACGCCUCGAGUCGUGGUCUGUUUACUGGCCUGCUGAUAAGCAUCGUUGCUGUUAUAUCGAUCAUACUGUACAUCGUGUUCUCAUCCGAAAACAACGUGUCAGAGGCCCUCCUCAUCAACAGCACCUCAAACAUCUUCGUCAGUGCCGUCAUGAUCGUUGCAACUUGCAUCGCCUUCCAUUACAUCAGAUUUCUGGACAUCAUCCAUCACAAGAUCAGCGCAGCUGACGACAUUCUUCUGUAUAUAUGCCUGCCUUCUGUCUUCCUCUACGCCUUCUUCAUUCUGGUGCCUUAUGGCAUGAAUGGGGACUACCUGUCUGUGGCCGUCAAUGCCCUGAGGAUCGUCCAGUCCAUCCUCCAAACAGCGUUGAUCGUGGACGGUCUCAGAAGGUGCUCCAAUUCGAUCGAGCUCAAGAAGAAGAAACCUGGGAGGGAGGUCAUUAUAUUUCUGGUCGUCAUGAAUGUUGCCACUUGGCUCCUUAUGUCGUUCCAGAUCAUCAGCGUGAGUGGAAACUCUCUUCUCUACGAGUUCUAUGGCAAGGAAGUGUGGACGGCUGUUUCCCAUCUAACCUUACCUCUGUCUCUCUUUUAUCGAUUCCACUCCUCCGUGUGUCUCGCAGACAUCUGGAAGGACGCUUAUGAACCAGAAAUUCCACACUGAAGGCACAACACAACAAAUGCUUCUCCUUCUUCUUCCUGCUUCUAGAUAGAAUAUUUAUGGCGUCUCUUUGUGAGGACUCUUAAACGCCCGAGUGGAUUGUAUAUUCAUUUUUUUUUUAAUCUUAAGGUGACAAUUUAUGCAUAUAAUCAAAUCUCCUUGAUGUAUACAUAAAGAAGUUAUUUGAU